AGCACCAGGACCAUCUUCUAAAGAUGAUUCAGCUGUGAGAUCGGGGCACCACUAGUGCAGAGCUUGCCCAGCAAUGGCAGCAGGCAGGUGUGAGUGCAUCUGCAUGCACAUUUUUGUUUGAUCUUACCUGUUCCUCGAUCCAGCCGCGCGCUGUCUUCCCGGCUUCUGUAAUGGAGCUCGGCAUGACAGCCGGGUGCCCAGUGCGUAUGAGCGAGAAGCACUUGCGCUUUGUGAUUGGUCCGGCGGCUUCUGGGAUCUGUCAUGUGUCCCAGGUACCGCCUUACCAUUCACAAAAAGCACCGCUUCUUGCGCAUGCGCACUUGGCACCCGGCUGUCAU